ACUUUAAAUUGAAUUGAAUUUAAAUAAAGUUCCUCUAGCCAGCGCCUGAAAUGAUGCGCUACGAGGGCAACGAAAAGUUGGCCGACGAAACUGCCUGUGCCGGAGUGCGUGCCGACCUGAAAAUGUGCCUGUUAGAAAGCGAUUGCUGUCGAGUGGACCGCAAAACGCCGCGCCAGUGCCUUAUGGAUAACAACGUUCCGCCUGAGUGCCAGGUGCUCCGCAACACCUUCUACGAAUGCAAGCGCUCUCUGCUGGACAACCGACAACGCUUUCGCGGACGCAAAGGCUACUGAUCUUCAAACUUAAUUUGAUAUAUUUCUAAGUGUUUAAAAUACAAAUAAUUCUACAAUG